CACAGUUUUUAAAAUGGUACUGACAGAACAAUCCGUCUUAUCUUUGCUGAUUGCUGAGGGGGGCAGAGUAAAGAAAGCGGACUUUGUACAGAAAUUCAAAGAUUCAGUAGAAUGCGACGAUACCGAAGAAAGACAACGGAACAGGCACCUUUUUAAGACCAUCGUCAACAAAGUCGCCUUCGUCAAAGAAAUCGACGGUGAACGGUAUGUUGUCGUAAGGAAACAGUAUCAUAAUUCGCUGGAAGGGGUCCAGACUGACGGCAGCCCUGUGGACAAGACGGGAGAUGAAGACAUUCAGCCGGCAGGUGAGCAGCAGCGCCCACCUGAGCGCACAGAGAGGACAGAGAACUCUGAGGAUGAAGAAAAAAGGAGCCCAUCUGUUUCUGAAGCUGAUCAAGAACAGGCAAGUGAAAGUGGUGAAAAUCCCACAGAAAUACUCUCUGCUAUACAGCUGGCAUUGCAGAGGAGCAAAAGUACAGAUAUUAAGGUUAAAAGAAUGCUGAAUUUUGAGAUCCAACGUCAGGACACAAAUACAGACAGUUGCCACCAGAGUAAACCAUACGCCUUGCCUUUGAGAAUGCCACCCACCACCAGGGUUGAGAUCCAAAAACUUAAAGGGGACCCGGAUGAGCCUCCUGAAAGUCCAAAAUUAGGUGCCUUCAGGAACAAAAGGAGGCCGCCUUCAGUGGAGACGGUUAGCACUGUGGGCUCUCCACAGCUGAGGCGGUUGGUGAAGAGCACCAAGGCGUCAGAAGAACCCAACGAGACAAAGGUCUCCUCCAUGGUUCCCCUGGAGCAGUCAGAGCAUGAAUGGCUGGUCAAGUGUGCGGCAGGACACUGGAGCCAGGUUUACGGGCUGCUGCUGAGAGACAACCAGCUGGCAGACAAGAGGGACUUCAUGUCAGGGUUCACCGCUCUGCAUUGGGCUGCCAAGUGUGGAAAGAGUGAAAUGCUUGUUAACAUUAUGGACGUAGCCAAGAAAGGAGGGGUUGACAUUGACAUUAACGCAAAAACACACGGCGGAUACACUCCCUUGCACAUCGCAGCCUUGCACGACCAGGAGUACAUCCUGACCAUGCUGGUGGGGGAGUACGGGGCUGAUAUAAACAUCAGGGAUAACUGCGGGAAGAAAGCCUACCACUAUCUGCACAACGGUGUUUGUGGGAGUGUGAGAGAGAUGCUUGGUGAACCCAAAGUCCAGCAGGCUCAGGACACGGCCCUGCCAGAGAAAGAUGAGCUGGAACUGUUCCCGGAUCUCACCAAGGGCCUGCAUACAAUAAGCCGUCUCUUCCAGCCACACAUGACAGCCCACAAGAAGAAGAACAAGCAGAGGCCGGGAUUGUUCUCCCACAGCGAUGACCCCAAUGAGGAACGAGAGGACGGCAGCAACAUAUUCAGACCCAAACUCCUAUCAGAUGUUUUUAUGUAG